CGACCAUUUCCGUUUUUUUCAAACUUUCCCAAACACCCAAAAACAAAUUUCGAAAAAAACAUACAAAAAUAUUGGAAAAAACUGGUUGAUGAAUGAAUUUCCUUUCGCCCAAUUCAGAUUGGCACCAUUCCUUCAUGCCGAUCUCCAUUGAAACUUGCCAAAUCUGACAAACCUUUCCAAUUCACGCCAUGGAUCCCGAGAAUGACAAACCCGAAUCCUUAGAUAACGCUAUACCUGAAAACAACGACGAAGGCGAUGAAGCCAAAGCCGAGAAGGCUGACGAAGUCGCAGAAACAAAGACCACAGACGAAGAAACACCGGCCGAAAUAAAGAAGGAUGAGGGAGCCGAGACGGAUAUUGCAGCUGAAUCAGAGGCUAAAGAAGGAGGCGGAGACGAGGAUCCGGCCCCGCCUCCUUCCGCUCUCAACAUCGACAAGCUCUCUCAAGAAGUCGACAAUUACCUCUCCACGCUGUCUACCCUAAAAUCAGACGGCGACGAAUCAUCCAUCCCACAAGAUGUGCCCAAUUUCGUGAAGCAGUUCUCUCUCAUGGUGGAGGCCAGGAUCGCCGACUACGACUCCGGCCAGACCGCCGUCAAGUGGAGCUCUCUGUGUGCGGAGGAGUCGGCCUCGUUUCUCGAGGCCAUCACGCGCCUCUCCUCCCUCUCCACCGCCCUCUUGGCCUUCUCCGCCCACCCCAACUUCGCCCGCUCCAUCAACCGCAUCGGCGCCGUGCUCGAGCGCGCCAUCUCCUACGUCGAGGAGGAGUUUAAGGACCUCUUAGAUGAUUACAGGUUCCAAGAUCCCAAUCCUAACACUGCCACCAACGAAGACGAGAACGCCAAGACUGAAGAAGAGGAAAACACGGCCCCGCCCGAGGAAAACGAGCCGCCUCCGAAGGAGGAUAAUCACUUCCCCGGAUACGAAGACGAGGUUCUCUCCAACUUGAUCAGGCUAUCGAAGAUGAUGAUCGCCAUAGGCUACGAGACGGAGUGCUGCGAGGCCUACACGGUGGCUCGCCGGACCGCGCUCGAGGAAAGCGUCCACAAGCUAGGAUUCGAGAAGCACAGCAUCGACGAUGUCCAGAAGAUGCAAUGGGAGAAUCUAGAGAGAGAAAUCGCUUCCUGGGUCUCGAUAUUCAAGCAGUGCCCCACGCUCUUGGCCAGCGAGCGUAACCUGGCCAGGGAGGUCUUCCCUGCCAGCACGUCAGACCGCGUCCUCUGCAGCCUGGCGCAGGGCUUGAGCGCGACAAUACUCAACUUUGCAGUUGCUGUCGCGCUCACCAAGAUUGCCUCAGAGAAGCUCUUCAAGUUUUUAGACACGUAUGAAGCCCUCAGGGACGUCCUCCCCACCCUCCACGGCCUCUUCCCAGAGCAGGAGGAGUCCUUGCUCCAGGAGUUGCAGGCCGAGGGUGGUUUUAUAAAAACCCGCCUGGGCGAGGCCAUCGUCUCCAUAUUCUCAGAGCUGGAGACCUCCAUCAGGACAGACGCGGGGAAAACCCCUGUCCCGGGUGGGGCCAUCCAUCCUCUGACGCGCUACAUCAUGAACUACCUCAACUAUGCAUGCGAGUACAAGGAAAGCAUUGAGCACAUCUUCAAAGAGCACCACAAGAAUGAUGGGGCGGAGUCAUCAGGAUCCGGGUCCCCAUUCCAGGGGCAGGUGACGAAAAUGAUGGAGCUGCUGGAUGAGAAUAUGGAGGCAAAGUCGAAGCUGUACAAGGACCACGCUCUGGGAGCGAUCUUCCUGAUGAACAACGGGAGAUACGUGUUGCAGAAGGUAAGAGGGUCAAAUGAAAUAAGUAGCCUAACCGGUGACGCGUGGUGCAGAAAGAAGUCAACGGAUCUGAGGCAGUACCACAAGGUGUAUCAGAGGGAGACGUGGGGGAAGCUGCUGAGCUACCUCCAUCCCGAGGGGCUCACGUCCCACGGGAAGGUGGUGAAGCCGGUGCUCAAGGAGAGAUUCAAGAAUUUCAACGCCAUGUUUGAUGAGAUAAGCAGGACGCAGACCACUUGGGUUGUCUGCGACGAUCAGCUGCAGUCGGAGCUUAGGGUUUCCAUAUCGAACAUGGUGGUGCCCGCCUACCGCUCCUUUCUCGGGAGGUACGGCCAGGUGUUUACGCCGGGGAGGCAAACGGAGAAGUAUGUUAAGUUUCAAGGAGAGGAGAUUGAGGAUUCCAUUGAGGAGCUCUUUGAUGGAAAGAAGUGAUUCCGACUUUAAACAAGCUAAGAUGAGUCCAACAUGUGUAGUAGUGACCCAUGGAGGAGGAGAAUGAACAAACAACAUAUAUGAGGAUGGAGGAUGAAAAUAUCUUCAUGUAUCACUUAGCUAGUGCUUUAACAUAUGUUUAAUUAGUUGUUGAGUAAGAUAGAUAGAAAUAUUGUGAUUGUGGAUAUGAAUGUACUUGUUUGAUUGAUGCAAUAAUGCAAUCGGCCGUAUGUGAAUCUUUGAAAAUGAA